AUGAAUGGCUGUCAUCCAAAUGAAGAAGAACAAAUUAUGGAAGAUCCAGAGUAUGAAUAUUAUGAUUUAGUUUGUCAUAGUAGAUAUAAUCAAUUCGAGAUUUUCAUUCCAGAUUUUGUUCUUGAUUAUCUUAAAACUGUCGAAUAUCCUAAAUGCUAUAAAUAUAGAGGACUUUCUGCUCAUUCUUAUUCACCUUAUUUAGUUCCAUUUACCAAAGGAAUUGAUCUUACAGAAGAAGAUCUUGAUUCAUUGACAAGAAUUAGUAUUCAUACAUUUCUAAAUGAAUACAAUGUUAAUGACCCUAUAUUUUUCCUUGAAGAAUUAUGCAGUAUCAGUGUUGAAAUCGAUUUUUUUGUUUUGCCUUUUCUUUCAAAACCAAGCGUAAAUGCUCCGAAUGAUAUUAUUAAAUUCAUGGAAAUUUUUUCAAAACAAGCACGUGUCAAAGAAGAUUUUCAAUAUUAUUUCGCGUUUCCAUACGACUAUGAAUCAGAAACAAAUACUAAAGAUCGAUGCAAAGUACUUCCACUUCGAUACGAUUACUCUCAACUCGAAAUAGAUAAUCCUUUCAAAAAGGUUCUUGAUUGUCUUAAAAUUAUUCAUCAUGACAACAAACCAGAUUCUCAAGUAAAUGAUGAAUCCAACAAUCAAUCAGAUUCUCAAGUAAGAGAUGAAUCCAAUAAACAAUUAGAUUCUCAAGUAAGAGAUGAAUCCAAUAAAACAUUAGAUUCAUCAGGAAAAUCUAAAGAUCAAGGCACAGACUCAAUCUAUCGACAUCAAAAUCAUUUCUGCAACAUUACCUGA